GAAAUGCACAUCAUAUCCACUCUUGUCAAUCACGACAUCGGAGAACUGUAUCACACUUGCAGCAAUUCUUCAUUUGCAACGAGAAAUUUUACUUUGCAUCGUAACAUCUGCAUGCUACCCGCCAAGGAUUCAAAUGAAACGAUAGAUAUGUUCAUAGUUCAUAUAAAGAGCGUGGCUCUACGGACAUGCUGUUUCGCGAGCAGUCAUCUGGUUUACCUUGUCACCACCGCCGCUCAUCAUGUCUGAUCCGAUCAACACGAAGGUCGCAGUCACCAGCGAUGCCUCGCUCCCAUCCAGGAACCCUUCGACCGACGACGUCCCGAUCAAGAGGAAAUGGUACCGGACGACGUUUUUCAAUGCUUUCAUUAUUGGAAGUGUCGGAUUCACUGCACCUGGCCUAUGGAACGCAUUGAAUCAAUUGGGCGCAGGUGGUGCACAAGAACCGUUCCUCAUUAACGCUGCAAAUGCUCUGGUGUUUGGACUGAUGGGAUUGUUCUGCUUGUUUGGUGGACCAAUCGCCAAUCGAAUUGGUCUGGCUUGGACUCUCGUCCUCGGUGCUGUUGGCUAUCCUAUCUAUUCUGCUGGACUUUACACCAACAAUCGAUUUGGGAACAUUUGGUUCGUGCUCGUAGGGGCCGUUGCAUGCGGUAUUUCAGCAGGACUGUUCUGGGUUUCUGAGGGUGCGGUGGCAUUAGGAUAUCCAGAACCCGGAAAACGCGGAAAGUACAUGAACAUUUGGCUGUGGUUCCGUACUGGAGGACCUUUGGUUGGAGGCGCUAUCGUUCUUGCUCUCAACAACGAUGCUGCAGCAAAGAAGAAGGGCGCUGUCGGAUAUCAGACGUAUCUUGUGUUCAUCGCUCUACAGUGUCUGUCUGUCCCUAUUGCACUGGCGCUUUCCCCACCCGAGAAGGUCCAGAGAUCGGAUGGUACAAAGGUGAUCAUUCGCGCCGAGAAGUCUACUAGAGCUGAACUGCGUGCCCUGUGGGAAGUCUCUAAGCGCAAAGAAGUUCUGCUGCUUCUUCCUGUCUUCUGGGCCGCCUAUUUCAAUCAAUACAAUGGCAACUUUCAGGCGUACUACUUCGGCAUCCGAGCCCGCGCCUUGAUUGGAUUUGUCCAAAACUUCGGAACUCUCCUAUCCUCGCAAAUCAUGAGCAUGUGGCUAGAUUCCAAAAGAUUCCCUGUGAAGCAACGCAUCACGUGGGGCUUCUACUAUGUGGUAGUGUGGCACAUUAUUGCAUGGGUAUACGGCUGGGUCAUUCAGGAAAAGUAUACUCGCACAAAACCGGCUAUGGACUGGGAAGACGAAGGUUUCGUUGAGGGAUUCUUCGUUCUGUUGCUGUGGGACUUCUCUAGACAGGCACUCCAGAACUGGCUUUAUUAUCUGCUGGCCACCAAGACCGACAACAUUUCCGAACUUACUCGCUUUUCGGGAAUCUUGAGAGGGCAGGAGUCGUUUUCUCAAGCUGUCUCUUUCGGUCUGAAUACGCGGAAGUGGAAGGGCGGUAGGGUUCCGCUUGCUGUGAACACCAUUCUACUAGGACUCGCUGUUUAUCCAACUUGGCUUGUGGUUCGAGAUCACGUGCCAGUUGAGGCUCCUUCGAAUGAGCCUAACGCGAUCGAGGAGGAGGCUGGGGAUCUAAAACAAGUGAUAACCAACGAAGACAAAACUAAUUACGCUCGGGGCAAGACUCAGGCAGGCAGAGACGCUCUCUAGGCAUCAUCUGAACUCUGAAACACUUAAAAGGCCGGGAAGCCAAUCACGAGUCGCCGAUGGCCACAGCUAGGGAUUGUUACUCUCUUCCUAUUGUCUUCCUAUUAUCUUCAAUACUAAAGACGAGCAGAUAGAUACUCAAUAGAAUGAAUAGAUGCUACCAACUUACUAUUGUUCAAUCCAAGUGACAAUUAGAUUGCCUUUGGUAUAUAAACCGCUUCGGA